AUGUGCAAAGGUGGAGGCAUGGAAGACCACCAGACUACUUUCGAGGGAGCAGAAGAAGGACAAGUCUUCAUCAUUGGACCACAGGUGACCUUAGAUAAAAUCCCUCAACUUACCACAACAAAUUCUUCUGUAGACAUUGAUCUUAUUGGCAUCGCCAAGAACAGCAAUGACAGAUCUGCUGCUGUGGCUUUCAUGAGCUACACCACAAUGGAGAAUCUACUGAAGGCCGACUUCUUCAACACAACUAAUGACACCAUUAAAACCAUGAUGUCCACUGUGAUCUCAGCUACUCUUCCCAAAACCAGCAACACUACACUCACCAAAGCAGUCAACUUCACCUUCAGACACAUCAGAGAGUUUGACCCCAACGGUUCUCUGUCCUGUGUGUACUGGAAUAUCAGCAAGUGGAUUGUAGAUGGUUGUUCUGUGUUAAACAGCAACAGCAGCCACACUGUGUGUUCCUGUGUUCAUCUGUCCACAUUCGCUCUCAUCAUGCAGACCAGCAGCAGUCCAGCACCGAGCGAUCUGCUGGAUCUGCUGAAUCUGGUGUGUGUGAUCGUGGGUCUGGUGUUCUUCAGUUUGGCUCUGUUGUCCUUUGCUCUUUGUCAGUGGAGUCCUGGAGUCAAUAAUGUGGCUCGAAUCAACAUCUGCAUCAGUCUGCUGUCGGCUCACCUUCUGUUUCUGCUCACACAACAGUUCCUGAGCCUCAUUCGCCCUCAGCAGGUGUUGUGUGUGGUAAUAGCAGGCCUUCUGCACUUCCUCUUCCUCUCCGCCUUUGUGUGGAUGUUCAUUGAAGCUGUGCUGGUCUUCAUCUGUGUCAAGAACCUAUCACAGAUCAGCUCCAAAAAGAGGGAGGUGCUUAGCAGUGUAUUCUUGUGUGUGAUUGGAUAUAUGGUUGCUCUGGUUGUGGUGUGUGUGUCUAUAGGGCUGGUUCCAGAAGGAUACGGCAGUGAACACUGCUGGAUUAAAACAGAUGAAGGGUUUAUCUGGAGUUUUCUGGGUCCUGUUUGUGUCAUACUAGCACUGAACAUGAUUUUCUUCAUCAGGAUCGUCAUCAUUCUGAACUCAGCUCUCACAAAACUGAACAGUGAAGUUUCACAGAUGAAGCAAACCAAGGUUAUGGUGUUUAAAACACUGGGUCAGUUUGUGGUUCUUGGUUGUCCUUGGAUUCUGGGUUUCUUCACUAAUACCAGUGAGAUGCUGCAGAUCCUCUUCCUGGUCUUGAACUCUCAGCAGGGAACCUUCAUCUUCCUGAUCUACUGUAUGCUCAAUAAUGAGAUCAGGCAGCAGUACUGGAAGUGCUUCACAUAUCUGUGCUCUGGACGCAAACAACACUGAGCAUCAUGUUCAGGAAAACCAAGUACAAUACAAGCGAUUUAAAAACUAGA